UUGGAUGUAGGAGGUAAUCUCUGAAACUACUCAUCCAAUUUCAAAAAUUCUUUUACCAAUACUUAGAAUGGAACUUCAGAGUGGACAUAGGCUGUAUAUUAUUCCAUUAAACAUUUAUCUAGCUAAGGCAGCAGGUGACAGAGGGGCAAGACACAUAUGUAUACGAGAUAGGUAACCGUGCGGUGCAAUCACGUGGUCGGCGAGAUAUGCUGUGCACAUGUCCGAAAUUGUGUUAGUGUUGACAAAUAUCUACAAGAAUUAGUAAUUUAUCCUCAUUUCAUUUAUUGUAUUUUACCCACUUAUAUAUUUGCAUACAAUUAUAUGUUGUAAAGUAAUUUUUUGGAACUGUACUUCUCUUCUAUUUUGUUGUAUUUAAUUGAUUAUCAAUUACUGUAUAAUAACAACACCAUGUCUAAAAGAAAAUCACAACUUUUACAGAAAACAUCUCAGACAAGAUCAUCUAAAAUAUACCGAGCGGAAGAGUCCUCCCCUGAAACUAUGCAGCGUCUCACAAGUCAUAGAGAGUACAUAUCACAAGUGUGUGCUAGGGAGUCCAGUACUGAAUGCUCGCAGCAACUCGCUUGCCAAAAUAUAAGAACAUCGCAGGCCCAUGCUAGGGAAUCUAGUUGUGAUCGCUCUGAGCGGCUUGCUAGCCUUAGACAGCAUGUCUCAGAUGCACAUGCUAGGGAAUCUAGCGCCGAACGCUCCCAGCACCUAGCCACAGAAAGACAGCAGAUAUCUACGACUAGAGCGUGUAAUCAAAUUGUUGCUCACAGGAAUAGAUCAGCUUUCAAUUAUGAUCCAAAUAUAGAUUAUGCUCAGCAAAAUACUGUAAAAAUUGGACAAAUGAACAAAAUUUGCCCUAAGUGCUUUGUUAAAAAAUGGAGUGAUGAAGCAAACGGUAUGUGUUGUGCUAGAGGCAAAGUGGUUCUCCCUAAUAUACAAGAACCACCACAACCAAUAAAAGAUCUUUUAUCAGGCAGUAAUCCAUUAUCUGCGCAUUUUUUAAAUAACAUACGUAAGUAUAAUACACUGUUUCAGAUGACAUCAUUUGGUGCUAAAGAAAUUCACGAAGGAAACUUUAUGCCUAAAUUUAAAGUAGAAGGGCAGGUGUACCAUUUGAUUGGUAGUCUCCUCCCACCUUCAGAUCAAAGUCCACAGUUUCUACAGAUUUAUUUCAUAUCUGAUGCCAAUCAAUUAUCAUUGUGAUCUAAUAUUGCUUCCAACCUAAUAUAUAGAUUAAAAUAGAUUUAAUCAACAAGUUGCAGUUCACAUUAAGCAGCCAU